AAACAAGUAUGCUCAAGUGGAUGUUGACAGUAUUAUUAUUAUUCACUUUCGCAUUUUCAGGAGUUUCUACAACAGGUUGUGUUUGUUAUGAAGCUGGAAAUUAUACCGGCCGAUCAGCUCCAAUUAGCAACUCAUACGAUCCUGACGGAUUUUCACCAUGUUACACGGAUUGCUCAUAUGUUGCUUAUGCUGGCGAUGAUUCACACUAUUGGACGCGUUUGACUUUUCACUGGGGUACCACUACCAAUUCAGGCGGAUUAAUUCAAAUUUUCGAUGGACCAUUAGCCACUGGUACUCCACUCAUUCAAAUAUCCGAAGGAGAAAAUGUUCUGAGCGGUUCUUCAAAAAGUAACAUCAAAAGCACAUUGCCAAGGAUCACUGUGAAAUACACACAGACUGGAAAUGGAAUAAAUAUUUAUUAUGGUGUUAUAAAAGCUCUUCCAAAUGCUCAAAUCAACUGAUCAAUCAUUUCAUCGAACGCAGCUACUAAAAGUCAAAACCUUUCUUUUUCUUUUAUUCUAUCAUUUUAAUUUUAAUAAAAUUUGUUUGUUAAA